UCCACCAGUACCUCAGAAGACUAAAAGAAGGGUUUCAUCACAAAUCAAAUCAAGUUCAGUGCAGCAAACGGAUUCACAGAAUGAGCUGAAACCCAGCAGUAUGGAAUCAAAGCAUGUGUCUUCUUCUCUUGUGCCAAAUGAAACUACUGACCAACCUGCUGAUAAUGAAAGUAACUUCACUGAUGAUGUACAUGUAUGCGGUAGUCAAUCAGAUGUGGUAGAGAUUAAAACAGAAUAUGUAGACAGUCGCCCAUUGCAUCAAGAUGACUCUGUUACACUGAGAAAUAAAACUGAAGCUGCAGAGUCAUAUUCACCACAGCAUCAUUCGGAUGCACUGGAAAGUCAAACAGAACUGUUGGACAAUGAUACGUAUCCAGAGCCUGACUCCCUUGCUCAAUUACCAGACACCUGUGAUAUGCUAAAAGAGAUUGAAGACCUUCUUUCUAAAACAUUGGGAGAUGUUGGUCUCACCAGUUUUUCAGAUGAUUUCCUAAACGAUUCUGUAGAAAUAAACUCUGAAGAACCUGAUGAGGUAAAGGAUAAACCUAAGCCGGUUCAUGAUGGACGACCCAAAUCGGAAAGCUUUUCUGGUGAGAUGCCGUCACGGCCACCAAGACCCAAACGCGAUGCUACUAAAAAGUUAAAGCAGUGGGUUAGCUUGGAUCAACACUCAGACUCGAGCUCUUGUGAUUCAGCCAGUGAGUCUUUCAAGAAAGCCUGUCCACCUAAACCUAAGAGAACUCUGCCUCCUCGCGUCAACAGAAGUCAGUCAGAUGUUUCAGGCAUGAAGUCUCUGAUUGAGCAGUUAGAAAACCGCUUUGAAGAGUCGAAGCCUGCCAUUCCACCCAGGAAUGAGUCCUUUGGAUCUGCUGAUAGACCUCCACCUUUGCCUCCGAGGAAUAAUUCGAGAUGCAAUUCUCUUGAUCUAUCCAGCAUCAGUCAAAACUCCUCGACUGAAGACGGUAACACUGAGGUUGGUAAGGCUCCACCUUUUCCAAAGCCUCCAAGACGGGUUAUAAAAAGACCAAGCAGAAAGGCUCCCCCUCCGCCACCUCAUCCUCCCACCCAGAAGCCAGAUUUGUCAACAGCUCCAUGCACACUUUCGGCUUCCGUUUGUGUUGUUAACAAAGGUCUGGACUCUGAGAAACGAAUUUCAUACAGAACAUCUGCUUCAGAUGAGAGUCUCUCUACAGGAGGACCAACAUCUGUAGACCAUGACUACCACGAGAUUCCAGACUCUGAGUGUAUUGCAGUUCCAGUCAAAGAGAUAACCCCACCACCUGAACUACCACCGCGAAUCCUGAAAGGCUCAAGACCCUCCUCUCAGAUGUCUGCAACAAAUGACAGUGAUACGGGGUCUGUCAAGUCUGAUGCUGUGAGUUUGUCCAAGCCAGACAGUGAUGAUUCUUCCUCCAUCUGCAGCAGUCAGAGCUCUGCGUCUCCCUCCAAGCCAUUGGAUAUGUGUAGGCCUUGUAGUAUGCCGAUAUCCGAGUCUCCAUUACUGUCCACGAGAGAACACAGACUCAGUAGUGUGAGCAGUAACAGUGGCUCGUUUGAGAAUGUUAAUCGGAUGAAUGACCUCAGUAGUGGCUCUGACUCAGAAGAAGAUGAAGAAGAAAAACAGCUGAACAAGAAAGCAAAGAAGGCACGCUAUAUUGCCAAGGAAAUCAUGGAGUCAGAAGCUGUGUUUGUUGAUGUACUGAAGUUGCUCAAUAUUGAUUUUCGUGUGGCUGUUUCCCAAGAAAUUGAGAAUGUUGAUCGUCCGGUAAUUCCCAGUGAAACACUGAACCGUAUCUUGGACUAUCUUCCACAACUACAGAGUAUUAAUGAAGACUUGCUCAAAGAUAUUAGAGAUAGAUUUGAAAACUGGGAUAAGUGUCAAAAACUUGCUGAUGUGUUUGUGAAGAAAGGACCAUUUUUAAAGUUGUACUCAUCAUACAUUCGUAACUUCGAAAAUGCCACAACCCUUCUAGAUGAAUCCUGUAAGAAAUAUGCAUCUUUUGCAUCAUGUGUAAAAGAAUUUGAGAAGAGUCCACGCUGUGCAAAUUUAGCCUUAAAGCACUACAUGUUGAAACCAAUACAGAGGAUACCCCAGUAUAAAUUAUUACUCCAAGAUUAUUUGAAAAAUCUUUCCCCUGAUUCACCUGACUACAACAAUACUAUUACUGCUCUGAGCAUUGUGAGUGAGGUGGCUGACCAUGCCAAUGAGAGCAUGAGACAUGGGGAUGAAAUGCACCAGAUGAUGGAAAUACAACACUUGCUGAUCGGUCAGUUUGAAGUUAUUCAGCCAGGAAGGUCUCUGUUGAAAAAAGGUGAACUGAUGAAGAUGUCGCGAAAAGAACAACAGCCGAGGAUGUUUUUCUUGUUCACUGAUGUUUUGCUGUACACUACUCCAACAGCGACUGGGUACAGACUAAACAAUAUUCUGCCUUUGAUAGGCAUGAAAGUGGGUGCAUCCGACAAGCCAACACCAGACGAGUACGGAAAUGAGUUCAGUAUUUUGAGUGUUCAACGGUCAUUUACGGUUUCUGCAAGGACUCCCAAAGAACGAACUGAAUGGAUGACUGCUUUAUCGGAUGCCAUUAAAGAGCUGACACAAAAAAGAGACACAUUUCAUUCGAAAGAAAAAGGAACCCGGACUUUCUCGCUGGACAAGGACUUUGUUCUGGGUCACAAGGCCCCUCUCUGGAUUCCCGACCGCCGGGUCACCAUGUGCAUGCUGUGUCUUGGUGAAUUCACCAUUACCUGGCGCAGGCAUCACUGCCGAGCAUGUGGCAGGAUUGUGUGUGGAUACUGUUCGGAGAACAAAGCACCUUUGCGCUACCUGAAGUAUCGUUCCGAUCGAGUCUGUGAUGAGUGUUUUGAUAAAUUACAGCAAGAAAUAGAAGAAAAAGAAUUGUCUGGUGAAACCGUGGAAGACGUGACUUUCCCCUGCCCUGAUGAAGGAACUGCAUCAAAACUUAGCCUCAGCACGAUAAAAGAACGUUUUCAGAAAAUCCGCUGGAGUGGACGGGCACGUAAGAAGUAUGCUCCACCAAGAUCAUCGGUUCUGAAAGAAGUAAAAGCUAAUGAUGUGGGAUCAUCGAUGAGUGGCUACCUCAGGAUGUACCAUAACAAGAAAUGGAAACGCUUUUGGUUCGUCGCCAAAAAUAAUGUGCUCUACACGUAUAAAGCCAGUGAGGAUAUGGCUGCCAUUAAAAGUACUCCUGUGUUAGGUUUUGAAGCGUCAGUAAUAACAGAGUGGUUUGAGGGAGUCGAGCCUGACCUGGCGUUCCAGCUGGUCCACCCGAACACCACACCACUCAUCUUCCGCACUGACAGUGCUGCAGCUACCACAAAAUGGGUGAACAUCAUGAGGGAAUCCGUCUGCAAAAUGGCAUAGUACCGAAAAACUAUUUCUUACAGCCUUAUUGUUUGUAGGUGCUGUAUGAAAUUCGUGCCAUGAGUUUGUGAAUUGUUUAGUAAUUCAAUGCUGAACAAUCUCACAAAUGUUACACAGCACUUAAUAUAGCUAUACUAGUACUAGUAUUACUAGCAUAUUUAUUAACAGGAUGUGCAUGGUGCUGUCUAGACACUUAUGAUCUGUGAAAUUCAUGACUUGAUUAUGCUUACACUGUAUUAGUGGUGGUUAGGAGCACAGUCAGCAGUAAGAAUGCUGGUUGAAACUAUAAAGUGUCGGUUGAGCCCAACCAGUGCCGACCACCAUGAGUAGAACACUGGAAGACUGUGGACAGGUUGCUGGAUGUGUAUAAGCACAUAGAUGGUGACUCUUUGUGUGAGUAUUAGUGACUAGAAACUCUUCCAACACCUUUAAUACAGAGAGGCUGUUACUUUAGAGGAUUGAGGACAAAGAGGUGUGGAUACGACUUAUUGCGUGUCAUAUGAUAUUUAUUGCACUUUUUUGUUAGACAGUAUUUAUUGCACUGUGCAUGUUCAAUCAUGUAGAUUGUUAUAUAUAUAUAUAUGUUUAUAUAUAUUAUAAUAUGUGACAGUAUAUGCGAAAAAGAGUACAGAUGCAUGACGUAAUUCACCAAAAAAUGUUUUAAUGAUGACAUGUUGAAUUUCAUUGUGACACAUAUUCGGACACCUGUUUGUUAGAAAUGCUGUCAGUGUGUAAGUAUUUAAUAUAUUACAACAAAAGCAAAGCAAGUGUCUGUUAAUUGUCGUCUGUUUAUUAUAUUUUGAUGAUGAAAAUAAUAUUUUGACUGGAUUUUAUUUUCUUAAAAAUACUAUCAUAAACAUCUUUACAGUCUGACUUUUAACACAUCAUUAAGUACAUAUUUGAGAUUCCCGUUAUUUCAUAUAUUAUUGAGCCAAAAUAUGUAGACAUCUCCUUAUGACCACAGGUUAACAAAAAUGUAUUGCAAAAUAUGUUGCCAAUUUUCCUCAUCUGUGCUCUCUUUCGCAGACACGGUUACAUAUGCUAUUGAUCUUGGUUGAAAGUACAAGUGCCAAAGUCUUGAAAAAGUGUAAGUGUAUUUGUAGACGUAAAACAUAAUCUUUGACAGAUGAGUUUUUCACAAAACGUGUAAUGAUAAGUUAUGUGUAAAUUUACCUUUAUGUUUGUGACUGGCGCCAAGAAUACAUCACUGCUCACAACAGACAUAAAGGUAAAGUUACACUUUUCCAAGAAUAUGGCUCCAGUCAUUAAUACUCAGUACAUAGUUUAUAUUCUGUAUAUAGCCUUAUCAGUAUUAUUAUGUAUUAUAAUUAUUUCAUGUCCUUAUCAAAAAUGAAACAAACCAGACAAAAGCUACAUGUAUAUUUGUAUUAAUGUCAUAACAAUCAAGAUUAUGGUAGUGAAGCGUGUGGAUAAUAAAAAAUUUUUUUUGCCAUUUUUAGGAAAAUUCACAUAGGCAUUUAUGCAUUCAUUUUAUGCACUCUAUCAAACAUUAGCAUUUUUCAUAAAAUGUUUUCAGUAUCUGUUUCCAUGAUUUAUAUACAUUUGUUUACAUUCAAGCAUAUUAUACUGGACAUAAAACUUUCUAUUUAAGCUUCUAAGCCCCGUUCCACAAAAGAACCAUAGUAAAGGUUAAUUGUAGAGACUUAAGGUGAGUUUUACGGCUGGCACACGUAAGCUUUACAGCCGUUUCACAAACCAAUCUUUAACAAUUAAAAUAAUUUUUUAAAAGAUUAGUUAAAUUAGUUAAAUAAUACAUUACCAACUAUUCACUUAUAUGAGACAUCCACGAAGUAACGUUGUCAGUUUAUUUGCUAAGCAAUAAUUGCUGAAUGCGUGACAUGAGAGUUAUUUUUAUUAACGUUUUACAAUUGUGUAGCAAUCUCUGAAAUUUGUGUAGUGACACGAUAUUGAAUAAAAUGUUCCCUGCCUGGGCCCCAUUCCACAAAGCAAUCUUAGCCCUAAGAUCACCUUAAAUGCAUAGCUACCUUAUGCACUAAGGUGAUCUUAGUGCUUAGAUCGCUUCGUAAAACAGGGCCCUGGUCCAGAACAAAAGUUAAUGUGGUUAGAAUGUGAAAUAAUCCAGUAGGCUAUCUCAGAGGGAUCGAUAUUGCAACAGGUCACAACUUGGGUUGGUUCUCAGUCCUUGCAUAAAUGUGUAAAUUUAUGUACAGACAGAAAAAAUAUCUGUGCAGUCAGUGCUACUCCAUCUUUAACAAGAUGUGUGAAAGGUCAUGGUAUCAACCCCAGUUAAUAGAAUUCUCUCUGAAAUUAAAAUUAAAUUAUAAUGUUUUGUGUAAUAACACUGAUCCUGCUGUUAUGUUGCCGUUAGCUUUAUUGUGCUGAAUGACAUGGGUCCUAUGAAUAGGACAUUUGUGAUAAAUCAGCAUUAUUGUAGUUUUGUAUUUAUUUCAGUACCAUUCAGAUUUAAACCUAGACUGACAAUAUUGGUUGUAUGUUACAGUAUAUGUUACGAUUUCUUGAUACAGUAAUAUAUAUUUUAUUGAGAAUGUUUCCAUUUGUGCCUUUUUAGCUAUCAGGUUGUCCAUUUACAGCAUUCAUUAUCUGUUAUCUGUUAUUCCAUCUGUUUGUCGGAUAUUUUUGUGAAUAUCGUCAUAAAAACAGCUACUUCAUCUGUUCGUCAGAUAUUUCUGUUAAUAUCGUCAUAAAAAUGGCUACUUCAUAUGAAAGCAUAUUUUACAUAACAUAUAUUUGUUCUAUGUGGGAGUGUGAAUUUGUAUUUUAAAUUUACAAAAUUUAUCUUGAAAUAUACAUGUAUGUUAGCUAUAAAACAGUGCUAUGUUAAAGUUAAAACGUUUGUUUAACGACACCACUGGAGCACAUUGAUUAAUUAAUCAUUGACUAUUGGAUGUUAAAGAUUUGGUAAUUCUGACUCGUAGUGAACAGAGGAAACCUGCUACAUUUGUUUUAAUGCAGCAAGGAAUCUUUUAUAUGCACUUCUCACAGACAGGAUAGCACAUACCACGGCCUUUAAUAUACUAGUACCAGUUGUACAGUGCUAUGUUAGUCUAAGGUAACUUGUAAUUGUUCUUCAUAGACAAGGCCAUGUGCUUAUAAAACUUAGAAGACCUGGCUAAAGUUUUUAACUACAUACUAUGGUAAAGCACUCGCAAGAAAUGCCGUCGGUCUAGGAUCGAUCCCCAUCGGUGGGCCCAUUGGGGUAUUUUUCCCAUACCUGUCCGUGCACCACAACUGAUAUAUUAAAGA